CUGAGGGAAAGUUGCCCGCGGCGUGGAUGCCCCAUCCUAACAGCCGGCCUCGCCGGUUGGCGCUGUCCUAGAGCAAACUAUUGAAACAAAAUGAAGCUGUUUUCAAUUGCAUGCCUUUUUACAGCCGUCAGCAGUGCUCUCUGUAGUUCAUGGGGUCUUCUGGAUGCCUCUUUGAGAGUGCGUAGUCCCAGCACGAACGUAGGCGGUUCUUUGAAAUUAAGAAAUGACCAGUUUUCUGAGGAGACUGAAGUCCCUGUCAGUCCUUUGAGCAGCCUUAGUCUGUCCAUAAAAGCCGGUGUCGAUGGAAUUGCUGCUCGGCCUCACCAAGCUCAUUUGGCUAUUACAGUGAAGGAUCAACCCAGCCUUGAAUUGGUUGCAGCUAUCCCUACCAAAGAGGACGGUUCUGGAUCCUUGAAACUGCCUCUCAAUGAGAUUCCAUUGAAGUUCCUCAGCAAGCAAUCUGAUCUUGCUCUCAAUAUUCUCCUCGGUUCGUUCGGUGAUGCUGAAGCUGUUAAAAUUCCCGUGGGUGUAAUUCCUUCUCAAUCUUUGGAAGCUUUUGCUGCCACUGAAAAAGAUGAAAAGAACGCCGAGUUCAAGGAACAACCCAUCAUCGUUCAUCAGUUUGCUCCUCCUCCCAAAGAUGCCAAUGAAGCUCUCAGCUAUCUUACAAUGGGUACAGUGGUUGCCGGACUGGUCCUCCUUGUCUCCGGAUGGUUGUGCUUAAAUGUGAACAUUGAUGGUCUUGGACACAUGCCUAUGGGCAAGACUGUGUGUCGCUUGCUCUUCUUUGCAUGGAUCAUGGCUGUUGAGGGCUUGUUGGCCAAAUACUGGGUUUCGUUGACUUUCUUCCAGCUUGCUUCCUAUGUCCCGGGUUUUGCUUUGGUUGGUCUGCUGUUGUCAAGAGGCAUUUAGACGAUGCUUGCUCAGUCUCUAAUGGUAUGAAUUAUUCUCAAAAUGUCAUAUGUAUGCCUAAACGAAAUGAUUUGAAUAAGACACAUGUUCCCGUAUGGGUCAAUGGCAGACUUGUCAUCGAAAAUACUCAUCAAUCCGUCGCUUACUCCUUUUCUUAACGGACGUCUUUGUUUGUAAGCACUCUUUGAUAUAAGUAACACUGAGACACUCCUCAAUGUGCUUAUCCACAGAACAAGCGUCGUUUAUUAGGUAACGCGAACAUAUGGGACACUGAACGCCGUUCUCUUUGGUAAAUGACUUAAUAAUAAACAUGUGAGCAAUGCAUAGC